AUGGCGAAACAAAUUGGCACCAUUGCCCUGAGUAACGGAGUGCGGUAUAGCGAUGCAUUGAUAGCUGGUCUCUCAGAGAAGCUCACCAUUGCGCGGAAGUACCAGCAAAUCUUUGCCACCUUCUUCCGAGUUCCUCCCACCUCCUCGUCGCUGGCGUGCACAGAUCCACCUGGAGGGACCAUCUUGAGCACUGCUGGUGGUAACUUCAACAGUCUUGGACAGUACGACACGACUUCUGGCAGUGGCCCCCAGAUUUGGAAGAGUUUCAGCAACUCUCCUUUGGACGUGGACAGCGAGAAGGCGCUCUUCCCGGAGAAGCCACAAGAGACCUAUGCGUGGUGGGCAUAUCCCGUCUAUGACACGGAGGAUGAGAGAGGUCGCGAGAUCCCCUUUUGCCUGGACGACCACGGCUUAUUCUACUGCAAUGCCAUUGAAGCUGCCGCCAGCGCCAUGGAGAUGGCGGUCAUCGGAGCCAAGAACUGCGUUCUAUUGGCCAAGAACCGUUUGAAAGGCCUCACUGAAAAGAUUGACAAGACCAGAUCGAAGCUCUAG